GGCAGGAGUGACUCGUUGACUGCGGCGAUCGCAAUUUCGGCAACAUGGGAGGCGUUGUGGGAUUUAUUCUAAACGGGUUUUAAAAACCGUCAGAAAAAUGGCAGAGAGGUUGGAGUGGGUGGAGAUCAUUGAGCCACGCACACGGGAGCGUAUGUACGCCAACCUGCUGACGGGUGAGUGCGUGUGGGACCCUCCGCAGGGUGUUCGCAUCAAGCGGACCGGUGAGAACCAGUGGUGGGAGCUAUUUGACCCUAACACCUCACGCUUCUACUAUUACAACGCCUCCACCCAGCGCACAGUGUGGCACCGGCCCCAGGGCUGCGACAUCAUCCCACUGGCCAAGCUGCAGACUCUGAAGCAGCACACCGAUGCCACAACCCCCCGUCCUGCAGGAGGAGGAGGUGGAGGAGGGAGAGCAUCCGCUGACAACAGCCCGGGAAGGAACAGUGGGGUCAGCCGGGAGGGAAGCACUUCCUCCUCCCUUGACCAGGAGCUGUCUGAAAAACAGGGCAACAGAGAGGAGGCAGACAGGACUUCUCCCUUCAGGUGGAACACUGGUACAAAGGAGCGAAUGCUGAUCAAGGUGACAGACAGAGAGCCCAGCUUCUUGGCCCACCAGGGAAAUGGUUACUCCCCCUGUGACCCCCCCAACCCUGGUGCUCCUUGUGGAGGGGGCACCUCACGAACCCGGCGUUCCUCCGGAGGAAACCCGCCCUCAGAACCUGAUGGCUCCCCCAUUCUCUACACCGACCGCCGUCAGUCUCCUUUCCUGAAGCGGGCUGAGCUUGGCGGAACCGGCACCCACCGCCGAUCCUCAGCUGAUUCCCAGCCUCCCUCGCCCCGCUACGCCUAUGAACCCCCACUGUAUGAGGAGCCGCCGUCAGAGUACCAGCCCCCUCCCAUCUAUGAGGAGCCUCCAACUGAUAUGCAGCUCUCUGACUCCUCUUCCUUCUAUGGAACUGGCAGGUCACCAGCUCGCAAGUCUUCAGCCCCCCUCUAUCACUCCCCCAAACAGGGCCAGUCGCCCUAUGGCCAGCUGGUUCUGACCAGGCAGAAGUGUCCAGAAAAGACUCAAAGUCUGGAGUACAGUCCUGUGGGGAAGGAGUAUGUCAAACAGCUGGUGUAUGUGGAGCAGUCAUCUUCCAGCCCUCGCUUCAAGACUGCUGACCGCUUGCUGCGUUACGGCACUACGGGGGGCUAUGGUGGUUCAUAUGGGGGGUCCUAUACUCUGCAACACAGCCAGUCUCUGAUCAGGGACCCACGCCUACUGCUGGACUACAGUGUGGAGGGUGGAGAUGGAGGCCAGAGGUUGCUUUAUGAGGACUCCAUAUCCUGGACGUCCGGCCAGACCCACUCCCUCUCCUCCUCCUCUACAGGUGGUCCUGGUGCUUUCUCUCCAGGAGGUAACCGCAAACGCAAGAGUCGCAAGCCAUCCCUUCCUCAGGAGCUGGCACGUUGUGGGGGCCCAGAAGGGGAGCUAACAGGCACAGCAUCUGAGGCAAUGUUGGCCCAAGCCAGGCUGGCGUGGGAGGCCCAGCAGGUGAUGAAACAGAGGAGCAGUUGGGACUCGGGGCAGGGAGGGGGGGUGGCCCAGGGCGGGAGCUCCAAAGAUGGCUACGAGAGUGAUGGGGCGGUGCCUCUGCCGUUACCAGGGCCGGUGGUGAGGGCGUUUAGUGAGGAUGAGGCGCUGUCGCAGAGCGACAGCCACCACUGGAAACGCAGCACCUUCGAUCGGCUGGGCUUCCCUCAGGCCCUGCUGGAGAAAAGCCUCUCUGUCCAGACUAAUCUGGCCUCACCUGAGCCUUACCUCCACCCAUCACAGUCCGAGGACCUUGGAGCCUGUGCCCAGUUUGAGGCCAGCCGAAAUGCCAGGAAUAUGAUGCCAAGCGCCAGCUGUGGCAUUUUCCCAGAAUUCAGCCUGAGAAAGCCCUCCUCGGAGACCGACAUUGAGAACUGGGCAUCCAAGCACUUCAACAAACACACACAGGGUCUGUUUAGGAGAAAAGUGUCCAUUGCCAACAUGCUGGCCUGGAGCAGUGAGCCCAUCAAGAAGCCAAUGAUCGUGACCUCAGACCGCACCGUGAAGAAGGAGGCAGUGGACAUCUUUAAGCUCAUUCAGACCUACAUGGGAGACCGUCGCUCCAAGGCUGACCCCCUCUCGGUGGCUCUGGAGGUUGUGGUGCGUGGGUGGAGUAACCAGGGUCUGCGUGAUGAGCUCUACAUCCAGCUAUGUCGUCAAACCACAGAGAACUUCCGCUAUGAUAGCCUGGAGCGAGGCUGGGAGCUGAUGGCCAUCUGUCUGGCCUUCUUCCCCCCGACGCCCCGCUUUCACACCUACCUGGAGGGCUACAUCUACCGACACAUGGACCCCCUAAAUGACACCAAGGGAGUGGCCAUUAGCAGCUAUGCUAAAUACUGCCACAGGAAACUGACAAAGGCUGCACUGACUGGAGCCAAGAAGGGCCUGCAGAAGCCCUGUCUGGAGGAGAUCAAGCAUGCCAGAAAUGCCAUCUUCAGCCCCUCCAUGUUUGGCUCUUCCCUGGAGGAGGUGAUGGCACUCCAGAAGGAGCGCUAUCCAGACCGCCAGCUGCCCUGGGUGCAGACUCGCCUCUCUGAAGAGGUCCUGGGUCUCAAUGGAGACCAGACAGAGGGCAUCUUUAGGGUACCAGGGGACAUAGAUGAAGUCAAUGCCCUCAAGCUGCAAGUAGAUCAGUGGAAAAUCCCCACAGGACUGGAAGACCCACACAUCCCAGCGUCCCUGCUGAAGCUUUGGUACAGGGAGCUGGAGGAGCCACUGAUCCCUCAUGAGUUUUAUGACGAGUGUAUCAGUCACUAUGACAACCCAGAGGCAGCUGUCAAUGUGGUGCUGGGUCUGCCACACAUCAACAAACUGGUGCUCUGCUACCUCAUCCGCUUCCUACAGGUAUUUGCCCAGCCUGCCAAUGUGGCCAUCACCAAGAUGGAUGUGAACAACCUGGCCAUGGUCAUGGCUCCCAACUGUCUGCGCUGCCAGUCCGACGACCCUAGGGUGAUCUUUGAGAAUACCCGCAAGGAGAUGUCCUUCAUCCGGGUGCUCAUCCAGCAGCUGGACACCAGCUUCAUGGAUGGAAUUCUAUAG